GAAGUGUGUCGCUCAGCGCUGACGGUUGUUUUCCAUGCGGAGAGCUCGGAGCAUCUCUUCUUUUCCUGCACAUUGGACAUGCUAACAUGGUUAGUUUUGUAACAGCGGGCAGCUGGGUGAUGCAGAGCCGGCGGGCGGAGUGAUGGAGGCGGUGCAGGUCGGUUCGUUCUGUCGUAGGAGGGUCCUCUGAAGCACCAUGAUCCCUGUGCCUCUGCUGGUGGUUGUGAUGGGAGGCUGGUGUGCUGUCUACCUCGCUGACACGCUGCUCAAGUCGUCGUCGACACACCGGAUCAGGUACGAGUCAUGGUUGGCGAGUCGAGGGCUGAUGUUGUCUCCGUUCCAUGUGAGAUGGCAGACCACCAUGUUCAACCGGCUGUUUGCGUACUGCGCCCGCAUCAACCCCCGAGCCCAAUACCUGUGGUUCAACAGUGGUCUGGUGUUCGGUUUAGUCGCCAUGGUGGGAUCUGUGGUGCUGCUCACAAAGACGCUGCAGCAGACGCUCGCUCAGAUGACAACCGACAACCCUCGGAUGGGAGGUCAGCAGGCCCUGCAGGUGGUGGUCCCUGGUGUCAAUCUGCCCACCAGUCAGCUGGGCUACUUCUUCUCCGCCCUGCUGCUCAGCGGAGUCAUACAUGAGCUGGGCCACGCGGUGGCAGCACUGAGGGAGCAAGUCCGAGUGAACGGCUUCGGCAUAUUUGUGUUCGUGGUUUAUCCCGGUGCGUUCGUGGACCUCUUCACCACGCACCUCAGCAUCAUAUCGCCCGCUCAGCAGCUCCGCAUCUUCUGUGCCGGAGUUUGGCACAACUUUGUCCUGUGUGUGGCAGCAUUAGCCUUCCUCUUCCUGCUGCCCAUCGUUCUGUUUCCCGUGUACUUCACCGGCGGCGGGGCGCUGGUCACCGAGGUCAUCCAGGGCUCUGCAGCUGACGGCCCCCGGGGUCUGUCAGUCGGGGACAUAGUGACCAGGCUGGAGGACUGCCCUGUCUGGGGAGUGGAAGACUGGAGCAGCUGCCUGUCUCACCUCUCUCUCUCCCCGCAGACAGGAUACUGUGUCCCCGGCACCAGCCUGCAGUCCAGCUGGGCCCACGGACGAGCUUACAAGCGUUUGGAUGGAACAAUGGACUGCUGCAGCAACAACAGCCUGACAGACCUCUGUUUCUCUUAUAUGAGACCUCAGGGCAAGAACAGCAGAGAGUACGCCUGCAUGCCGGUGCGUAAGAUGGUGUCGGGGACGCAGGUGUGUCGCACCGACGGCGACUGCUCCGCCGGACCCUCCGACGCCGGCAGCAUUUGCGUCACCCCGUCACUGGAGAACCAGACGCGCUUCAUCCGCGUCACACACCCGCCCAACACACACAUGCUGUUUGUGGGGUAUCCGCCGCACCUCCAGUACGCCGUGAGUCUGACCAACUUCAUCCCACGCUUCGGGUUCCUCCACCUGGAUCUGCCCGUCUUCUUGGAGACCUUCUGCAAAUACGUGGUGUCCCUCUCCGGCGCGUUAGCCGUGGUGAACUCCGUGCCGUGCUUCGCUCUCGACGGUCAGUGGAUGCUGAACGCCCUGCUGGAGGCCACGCUGGUUACUGUGGUAACGGACCGUCAAAAGCGCGAGCUGAUUGGUUUCUUCCUGCUGCUGGCGGGCAGCGCCCUGCUGGCAGCCAACGUGGCGCUGGGCCUGUGGAUGGUCACGGCUCGGUAGCCACAGCGGAGAGCCGGCCUGCCAAGACAAAAAAACUAAAUGAAUUAUUCCCCAUGCGUACUGAGAGCUGUUCUCUCAGGGUGUGUUUGACACGUGUGGACCAUUAAACUGUGAACAUUACAGGGAGCAGACUGCAUUACCCAGCAGUGCUGCCCAAUAUCAGGGCACUGUUGAGCAGAACAUUACUCUGCCUUUAAGGCUUUACUGGACCACCAGGGAAAAACAAUAACCAACCUUUCUUCCACCUUGCUGCCGCCAUAUUUACUCAGAAAGCACAUCUACAAAUAAAUAAUGCACUUACCGCAAAGCACUGUCCUGUGACUGUUUACAGAGGCUGCACAACCUUUCCAAAUGUUAAUAACUGUCACGUGUUAAAAGUUUGAGAGAAAACUGUCAUGGUUUCUCAAAGGGGUGUUUCCAAAAUGCCAUAUUUUCCUGUUGACACACCGUUUGUCUCGGCCUCAAUGUGCUGCAGAGAGAUUCACAUGGAAAGUCGGGCUGCUCAGAGAAGAGAAGCAAACACAAGUUUUAAAAGCCAUACAUUUAUUGGUUAAUGCAUGGCAACGCCUACAGUUUCGACUACAUAUCACUGGUUGGAACAAAGUACUACCUAAUAUUCAUGUGACAGAAACUGGCUUAUUAUAAGUGUGUACAUUAAUUAAUGAUGAAGAUGACUCCGACAACAUUCUGUAAUAUGAAACAAAUGUUGAAAGGUGGGUGUCCCGUUUUGAAAUGAAACAGAUUUGCUCCGCUAAGUGUCUUUCUCUUCCUCGGGCGUUGAAGUGGGAGAAGGAAUUUGCCCAUGAACCUUUUCUAACUUUUAGUCUUAAGUGUAUGUUUCAUUUUUAAUCUCACUGUCUGUGAUCUGUUUGUGUGUCACACUUGUGGACUUGUGGAAUAAAAGACUGCUUUAAUUUAAGUGCUGUCUUUCAGACUGUUUUAUAAGUCAGAGUUUUUUAUUUAUUACAUUUUAGAUUAGAUUCAACUGUAUUGUCUUUGCAAGCACUAAAACAACAAAAUGCAGUUUAGUAUCUAACCAGAAGUGCAAAAAGUGAAUAGU